GUUCUCCCCGAGUACGACGCGAACUUACGAGUCUCCGGUCUGCUCAAUCGAUUUCCGUGAAUUCUAACGAGUUGUGUUGUAUGCGCGUGUGUGGAGCAGAGCCUGACGUUCAGAGAAAAAUUUUGGUAGUUUUCCAUCCGCACGUCGGAACAAAGCGACACAGUGUAGCGUGGCGCGCAGACGACAACAACAACCUACGGAAACACCCAGCGACAGACGCGGGCAAUCACCACCACCACCACCACCACCAGCAACAGCAGCACGCCAGUCGAUUUCGCGGGCAGAGAAAUAAAAUGGAGCCACCGAGAAUUCUACACUGGGCAGUACCGCGCAGUCUAUCCACUGCACUGCUCAGGUCUAUAAUGACAAGCGAUGACAUCGAGGUCAAGUUUGAACCGUUUGUCAGUCCAUAUUACUUUGGCGAGGAACGCAUAAGUAGGCGGUAUGACGAAGACGAAGAGGUGGUCGGGGACCCGUCCAAGAAGCAAUCGACGUUUGUCGGAGUGAAGAAUUUCUUGGAGGGAGAGAUGAACGAGACGAGCAAGGCGGUGUUCGUGAAGGACAUGGCGUACGCCGUCGUUCAGCGCGGCGACUACGACGAGCUGUUGCCGGAGGGCUACGUGCACACGUUCCAGAUCCGACACCCGGCGCGUGCGAUCGCAUCAAUGCACAAGGCCUCGACGGACAUCGCCCACACGGGAUGGGACCAUUUCGAUGAGUCCGAAGUCGGAUACAAGGAGCUGAGCAUGCUGUUUGAUCACGUCACGAAGGAGCUCGGACAGGAAGCCAUCGUCAUCGACAGCGAAGACCUCGUCCGCAAUCCAGAGUCGAUACUGCAGCAGUACUGCAAGCUGACGGGCCUCACGUACGUUGACACGAUGCUAGACUGGUCCGACUGCCCGGUCGACGAGUCCGUCUUCGGAGCCUGGUUGCCGUGGGUUACGGGCGUGCUCAAGUCGACACGGUUCCACCCGCCGUCGGGCCGCAAGGACUUCGACGUCGCCUCGCUGCCGGAGCCCAUCCAGGCGUGCAUCGAGGACUGCAUGCCCUACUACAACAACCUGCACGCCAAGCGCAUCCGGCCAUAGACGGGCGCCCGCCGCUCAACUCUUCCCCCGUUUUUCUCCCCGCGCGCGCGCGCGCGACUCUCCGUUUUUUUUUGCUGUUGCGGUCGUCUUUUUUUCGAAAGGCGGCCGUGACGGUGCGAUGAUGCUAGUACCUCGUGACCACUACCACGCUCUAUCUCUCUUUCUACGUCUCUCUCCGUCUCUCUCCAUCGCGGCGUAGAAUCCGGAAAGAUCAGAUCGAAGAAGAUGACGGCAUUUAAGAAACCGAUGUGUGUUUACCGUCCCCCCCCCCCCGCGUCCGUUUUUUUCUCUUUCGUCUUUUGUUUCCCCCGUUUUGUAGAUGUGUAUUUCCCUUUGUAGUUAUUUUGUCUCCACCCCCAUCGUUCGUCUUGGGAGGUAUAAGGCUCAGGUAUGUUCUGUGUGUUCCCGAAAAAUUGCACUGCAGUGGUUAACCAUGAAUCGUAACGUGAGUGUAGGUGUGUGUGCGUCUACGUCCGGGACUGUCCUGGUCUAAACUUCGUAACCUCAUUCACCUGGUACACGCAUCGUGUACUGUUCCGGUCCAUGCACACACGUUAGGAUUCCCAGGCAACCUGGAGAAUGAUCUAACGUGGUGUUUGGUCCUGGAAAGUCCUUUAGAAUAGAAACAAACGUCUCGUCUUAUCUAAGAAGCAGUAAAAAAGUGCUUUGGAAAAGUUUUUUCUCGCUAAUCUUUGAUUGGACAGCGUGAGGCACAGGUAUUAUAUUCGGUUAAAAUAGGUUAUUGUAUACGGUUAAAAUCGGUUAUUGUAUUCGGCCAAAAUCGGUUAUUGUAUUUGGCUAAAAUCGGUUAUUGUAUUUGGCUAAAAUCGGUUAUUGUAUUUGGCUAAAAUCGGUUAUUGUAUUUGGCUAAAAGCGGCUAUUGUAUUUGGCUAAAAUCGGUUAUUGUAUUUGGCUAAAAUCGGUUACCGUAUUAGACUAAAAUCGGUUACCGUAUCUGGCUAAAAUGUGCCAAUCACGGGAAAAGGACAUUUCAAGUCCCGGUAACAAUGGUUUUUCCCUGUUGGGUGUACAAAACACGAUGUAUAUAUAUAUGUGUGUGUAUGUCAUAGGGGUGUCGUUGAUUCGCGGGGCACCAGAAUUCGAAGCCGCAAAGUAACGCAUCCCACGUGCUCUCGCGGCGGUGCUACGGACGGAGAGACAGACCCACCCUCGCGACGUACGCCACGUUUUUCUGUUUUUGCAUCUAGAGUUAGAAUAUCGUCCCGGGAGGACGGGGAAAACCCCGUCUCCGUAGUAACUUUGCACUUGUAACUAACAUUCCUUUUUUCGUAGCGGCUGUUCAACCCGAGAAACAAUACGAUCGCGCACGUGGUCAAGUAAAGAGACGCAGCUGGUUGUAACGCACGUACGAUAUGUCUCUGCCUUGUCAGCUAUCCAAUAACUAACAUAACAUGGCUACAUAGUGUGAUAGUAAUGACGUAGUAUUGUUUGAUCGACCAGUAUGUGAGAGGGCUAUACUGACCUAGCGCGUACCGUACCUGGUGGCGCCAUCUAGCGACGGAAUUUUCGUUAACGUGUAAAUAUGGCUAUCACUGCUGUUUACCCCAAGAACCAACUUGGACAAUCUUUCAGCUCUACGAUGAUUGAAUUCAGAGUGUGCGCGAGACGCGCUGCGCUGAUUGGUAAUUUCCACAAAAAUCAAGUCUGUUACGUGAAAAAAUAAAUACCAUCAAAGUAUAAU